ACUCGCGCGCUGCGCUCGCAACCACCCCUUGUCCCCGCCUGGGUUCUGGCGCGCGCGCCCGCUCUCCCUUCAUUUUUUUCCCUUCUCUCCCUGCCUCUCUCUCUCUCUUUCCUCCUCGAGCUCCCAGCUAGCCGCGACUCCCUCGCACUCUCCGUCUCUCUCCGGUUGGCUCCACCGAGCAAUGCGAGCUCUGGGAGGCAGCGCCGCCGCCCGCUAGAGACCUGCCCCCCGGCCCGGCCCCGUGUCCAGCCCUGCCCAGCGCGCGGGGGUCGGCGACGGCGCUGCGGACGCACCGACGGCGGAGGACCGGCGAUGCACAUGCACUAGCAGCAACCCCUAACUCACUCCCUCCACACCCCGCGCCGCCGCCGCCGCCGCCGUCGCCUCCUCCUCCUCCUCCUCCUCCUCCGGCAGCAGCGGCAGAAGGACCCACCCUGCCCCCACCCCACCCUCCGCCGGCUCCGGCUGCGGCUCCAUCCUCGACUAUUAUUCUAUUUAUUUUGGGUCGUGCACAAGCCUCAGUGCCUGCAGCCCGCGCCUCCCUGGGCCGCGGCCGCCUCCUCCUUCGGCUCCGGAACCCCAGACCCCAACCACCCGCGUCUCGAUACCCCCAGACCCCUGCCAGCUGCCGCUAGUCUCCGUUGCUGGAAUUUGUUAGCGGCGGUCUUUUGUGGGGAGUUCUGGUCUCCCGACAUUUUUGUUUUCAGCCAAGGGGAGGAUUUUUCCCCCUUUGAGCCAGGCUCUGCUCUCCGGGGGGGUGGGGGGCGCGCCGAGCCGGGGAGCCGUGCCAGCCGAGUCGUGCGGGCUGUGGCAGGGAAGGGGCCACCAUGGGAUGUACUCUGAGUGCAGAAGAGAGAGCCGCCCUCGAGCGGAGCAAGGCGAUUGAGAAAAACCUCAAAGAGGAUGGCAUCAGCGCCGCCAAAGACGUGAAAUUACUCCUGCUGGGGGCUGGAGAAUCAGGAAAAAGCACCAUUGUGAAGCAAAUGAAGAUCAUCCACGAAGAUGGCUUCUCUGGAGAAGACGUGAAACAGUACAAGCCCGUUGUCUACAGCAACACCAUCCAGUCCCUGGCAGCCAUUGUUCGGGCCAUGGACACUUUGGGCAUUGAAUAUGGUGACAAGGAGAGAAAGGCCGAUGCCAAGAUGGUGUGUGACGUGGUGAGUCGGAUGGAAGACACUGAGCCUUUCUCUCCAGAACUGCUUUCUGCCAUGAUGCGACUCUGGGGCGACUCAGGAAUCCAGGAGUGCUUCAACAGGUCUCGGGAGUAUCAGCUCAACGAUUCUGCCAAAUACUAUCUGGAUAGCCUGGAUCGGAUCGGGGCUUCGGACUACCAGCCCACUGAGCAGGACAUCCUCCGAACCAGGGUCAAAACCACCGGCAUCGUAGAAACCCACUUCACAUUCAAGAACCUCCACUUCAGGCUGUUCGACGUUGGGGGCCAACGAUCUGAACGAAAGAAAUGGAUCCACUGCUUUGAGGACGUCACGGCCAUCAUCUUCUGCGUCGCUCUCAGCGGCUAUGAUCAGGUGCUCCAUGAAGACGAAACCACGAACCGCAUGCACGAGUCUCUCAUGCUCUUCGAUUCCAUCUGCAACAACAAGUUCUUCAUCGACACCUCCAUCAUUCUAUUCCUCAACAAGAAAGAUCUCUUUGGCGAGAAGAUCAAGAAGUCACCUUUGACCAUCUGCUUCCCUGAAUACACAGGCCCCAAUACCUAUGAAGAUGCAGCCGCCUACAUCCAAGCACAAUUUGAAAGCAAAAAUCGCUCACCCAACAAAGAAAUUUAUUGUCACAUGACUUGUGCCACAGACACGAAUAAUAUCCAGGUGGUAUUCGACGCCGUCACCGACAUCAUCAUUGCCAACAACCUCCGGGGCUGCGGCUUGUACUGACCUCUUGUCCCGUAUAGCAACCUAUUUGACUGCUUCCCGGACUCUUUGCUGUUGACGUCGAUCUCCUGGUAGCAUGACCUUUUGGCCUUUGUAAGACACACAGCCUUUCUGUAUCAAGCCCCUGUCUAACCUACGACCCCAGAGUGACUGACGGCUGUGUACUUCCGUAGAAUGCUGUAGAAUCCGGUUUUAGUUGAGUCUUUACAUUUAGAAUUUGAAAGAAAAAAAAAAAAAGAACAUUUCUCAUGUGCUUUGUAGCUU